AUGGCCAUGAGAUCAAUGGUGCUACGUUCGAUGGCAAUGCGUCUGCCAAUGCGACGUCCAUUGAAGAUAACAUGUGGUGCAUUAUCUUUAUUCGAACAUUGUGCAUCCUUUCAUAGUACACGCCCUACGUUUGAAUCCACAAAGCGCGAUUUCUAUGAUGUCCUUGGAGUCUCUCGCGAUGCGAGUAAAAAUGAUAUUAAGAAGAAAUAUUACCAAAUGGCAAAGAAAUACCAUCCAGAUACGAACAAGGCGGAUCCAAAUGCAGCUAAAAAAUUUGCCGAGGCUACCGAGGCUUGGGAAAUUUUGGGAGAUGAUGACAAGCGUCAGAAAUACGAUGCCUAUGGGCAUGCUGGUGUGGACGAACAGACGGGAUUUAGUGGCGCUGAAGGCUUUGAAGGACAGGGAUUUGAAGAUAUUUUUGGAGAUUUUUUUGGUGGUCAGGGAUUCGGAGGACGUGCACGUCGCAGUACUAAUCAACCGCAACGAGGUGCUGAUAUUCAAGUGGACAUUACUUUAAGUUUUAUGGAGGCAGUAAAGGGCACAAUGCGUGAUUUGAGUAUUACUGCUAAUGUAGAAUGCGACGUGUGCAAUGGAUCUGGUGCUAAGCCUGGAACUACAACAAAGACGUGCUCAAUGUGCAAUGGAUCUGGUGUGCAAAUUAUGCAGCAGGGAUUCUUUGCGGUCGAGACUACGUGUCGCCGUUGUCGUGGUAAAGGUUCGGUCAUUGAUUCGCCGUGUGGGAAGUGCCAUGGUAAGGGUACAGUCAAGAAGCCACGUACUGUCGAGGUGAAGAUUCCUGAGGGUGUGGAUCAGGGUAUGAACCUUCGGCUAGCGCACCAGGGCGAAGCUGGUCAACGCGGUGGACCGGCGGGACAUUUGUAUGUAAGCAUUCACGUUUUACCAGAUCCGUUCUUCAAGCGGCGCAAAACAGAUGUGCUGGUGGACGUGCCUAUCUCAAUUACGCAGGCCGUGUUGGGAGGCACCAUUGUGGUGCCUUCCCUGACAGGCGAAGUGGAGAUAAAGAUUCCGCGUGGAACGCAGCCAGAUACGGUGCUGCAAAUGCGUGGAAAGGGCAUUAAGGAGCUUAACUCCAACCGGCGUGGCUCGCAACUAGUGAACCUUCAGGUCUGCGUUCCAAAAAACUUGUCACCGCGACAGGAAGUAUUGAUGAAGGAAUUUCAAAAAGAGGAAAAUGAGCGCGCGGAGAAGGGUGUGGAUCCAGACAGCAAGCCGCAUUCGUUUGCCAAGUCGGUACGGGACACCGUGGAACGAAUAAAGAGUUUUAUUAAGGGCUGCAAGACAGAGGAAUCUUCCUAG